AUGGGCGGUCUGCGGGCGACACUGCUGCGGGCGGCGUGCGGAGCCGGGCUGAACCAGAGGCGGGACUUGUCUUCCUGGCUGACCCAAUGGUUCUCCAAAGGCCCAGCCAAGUCUGUGGUGGCUCAAAAAACGCCCAUCAAGGUGGAGCUGGUGGCUGGGACCACAUACAGGUGGUGUGUGUGUGGUCGCAGCAAGAAGCAGCCCUUCUGUGAUGGCUCACACUUCUUCCAACGCACUGGCCUAACCCCACUCAAGUUCAAGGUCCAGGAGACCCGUACAGCAGUCCUCUGUACUUGCAAGGCCACCCAGAAACCCCCGUACUGUGAUGGCACCCACAAGAGUGAGCGAGUGCAGAAGGCAGAAGUGGGCUCCCCGCUCUGA